AUGAAUGGACUCGGGGUGCAAACUAAGUCCCUAGCAGACACAGGAGCAAACGGCUACCUCGUCAUUAACAAGCCUUUUGCAAUACGACUGUCGAAAGCACUUCAGAGCCCUAUAUGGAAACUACCCUACUCUGUACCCAUACGUGGAUUUCAGCGCAAAAUCCAAGGCCACAUAUCGGAGUAUAUUCGGCUCAAAUCCCAGGGCGCCGCGUUGCCCACCGUCGACCCUAGCGAUCCGGACGAAUUCGACCGCCUGGUGGCCAGCGUCCACCUCCAGUGUAUGCAAACGAAAUCACAACAGCCUCGAAAAACAGCUCCAUCGGGAACUCAGCGUCAAAAACCUUCGGGCACAACUAAUACGGCCUCAACAACAACCCAGAGUAGCGGCGGGUGGUUCGGCUUUGGAAAGAAAAGCAAGCAGCCGGACGUCGAGAGCGGCGCCCGAACAACGGCAUGGCGAUACGCCACUCUCCAACUUGCCGUCCCGUCCUGCCAGAGAACCAAGCACGCGUCAGAAACCAGUUCGAACUCGGUAGGUGUUUGUAAUGAGGUGCUUUAA